GAAGAAGCAUUUGAUUAUGUGCGAUCUUAUAAAUCUGCAAUGCGACCUGACUGGGCAAGUGUAAAAGAUGACGUAAUGUUUAAAGCAUGUUUGGCAAAAUUUAGACAGCAUCGAAAGCUUAAACAAUUAUUAUUAUCAACUGGAGAUCGUAUGAUAGUUGAACAUACAACAGAGGAUUCUUAUUGGGGAGAUGGAGGAGAUGGAUCAGGAAGAAAUCAACUAGGAAUAACUUUAAUGAAAGUUAGAAACUAUCUUAAAAAAUAA